UCUACUUCCGGUAGCCAGCCGGCUAACAGCAAGCUAACAACCGUUAGCCUUCGCGGCCUGGACGCUAGCAGUUAUCGGCUACUCUUAUUCAUCGCUUUAAAAAAAAAAGUUUCUAAUCAACAAACUGCCCUCCUUUCUCAUUAGUCCUUAUCUGUAAGUGAUACGCCGGUGGUUGAGUUAGUGUAUCGUUAUUUCGUGGCUGUGAGUGACUUUGACACACCGGUUGUCGACAUGUCGGCGGUCCAACGGAUGAAAGUGGCUAACGAGAAACACAGCAAGACCAUAACGCAGCGAGGACACGUCCAGAAAACCACGCGGGUGGUGAAUGAGGAGAAGUCUCCUGUUGGUCCCUGGUUACUGGCCCUCUUUGUCUUUGUGGUGUGUGGAUCAGCCAUCUUCCAGAUCAUCCAGAGUAUCAGGCAGGGGUUGUGAUGGUUGUCACCCAGAUCAGAGCCUCCUCCCCUGGGAGAACACCAACAGCCUCACCCCAUCCCUGCUCCAGCCACAGACAGACAUCCAGUGUUCUCCCUUUACUCAUACACACCCCCCUCCUCUCUGUGUCGAGUUAAAACAUUUGAGGGUUCCCGAGUGGCGCAGCGGUCUAAGGCACUGCAUCUCAGUGGUAGAGGUGUCACUACAGCCCCUGGUUUGAUCCCAGGCUGUAUCACAACUGGUCGUGAUCGGGAGUCCCAUAGGGCGGCGCACAA